AAAAUUUAAAGUAACAGGCCGUGGGAGGAGGAGGGUGCCCACUGUGGACGAGCGGCAAGCUAACAGGCUAACAGGCUAACACGCGGCCAGGGGGAAAGCUUCGUGAAACGGUCCCCUCAGCCUUCAUCCGACCACCAAACAGCCCCUCUAAACCGAGCUGCCGUGGGUCGGUGCAGACGCCGCCCUCCGCCCCAUGCCCUGGCCGCGGGUGGGGAACAGUUAGCCGGCGGAGCCGAAGAGGUAACCAGCCAGCGGUCCUGCUGAAAAUGGAGGAUGAUGAGGUUGCAGAGAGCUGGGAAGAGGCGGCGGACAGCGGGGAAAUAGAGAGAAGGCUUGAGGCAAAACUGAAAAUAAACCAGGAAGCAAAGAAGUCCAGCUUGUGUUCAGGUGGUUCACCUGUGCAAACUGCCAUAGUCAUCCAGGAUGACUCUCUGCCCGCAGCACCCCCACCGCAGAUUAGAAUUUUAAAGCGUCCUUCUAACAACGGUUCCGCGGGAAACCCUGCAUCCUCGUCUCGUCCUUCUCAGAUGAAGUCUUUGGCCCAGAGGGAGGCAGAAUAUGCAGAAGCCAGGAAAAGGAUUUUGGGUAGUGCUUCGUCAGACGAAACGCCGCAGGACAAUCUAUGCCACGACAGGCCAGCUCGCACGAGUGCGCAGCAACCACCAGAACCAGUUCGUCAACACAAUCACGCAAUCCGCCAGCCCACCGGCCCAGAUGGCACCUCAGGCUUUCGACUCUGCAGAUAAACUGAAGCUACCGGCUGCAAGGAAACAGGGACAGUUAAAGGGGUUGUGUUUGGUAUGAAGAGCAGAGUGGGUGGGAUGACCUAAAAUUUGUCAGAUAUUAGAAAUAUGAAGACGUAGCAUGGAUUGUUACGAACUUCUCCACCCUCUCUCUACUCUGCUUACUGGCAUGGUCUUUGCCUUUCGCCUUGUCUUUUCCCUCUGUGGAACAUUGCAAGGGUCUGGCAGAGAUCAGCCAAAGAUCCGAAACCUCUUCUGUUCCACAUUGUGAACAGGUUUUUGCCUCACAUCCCUACACACUGUGAUACUUUUAUGUACCAUGAGAUGCCCUAUGAUUUUAAAUCUGGUUGGCCUACAGAGUGCCAGGGCAUCAGGCAUCUGUCUCUUCAGGGAGAAUAAAGAGAGCUUGUGAAUCUGUGGGAAUUCACAAUCUGUGGGACACGCAAACGGUCGAGCUGUCCAUUCCUCUGAUGGAUUGUGGAUCAUGGCUGGGUGUCCACUGGGAAGCUGGCUUGAGUUUGUUGAGUUCAGUGGAAAUGAAGUGCUUGACAGUGCUGAGAGUUUACUGUGUGUUCAGCAGCUCGGGUACAGGUUGAUAGAAAAACGUAAUGAUUCAGCCCUUUGUGUAAAAGUGCUCUGUGCUCAAAAGUGUGUUUUAAUACUGUAGUGGCCCAGACCAGCACUUUCCACAAAUCCACAGGCCUCUCUUUGGCAUUGGUGGCUUUUACAGAAAUGCCCAGCGGGCUCAUAGCCUGUGGCCAAAGAUUAUAGAUCAGAAGGACAGAGUGUCACUCAAUCUAAGUUUAUUCAAGCAAUAAUAAUGAAAUUAUUCCCUGUUUUUUUUGUUUUUUUACAUAAUGACUAAUUACCUGUGCUGUGUUUUUGUUUUAAACCAUUUUGUUUUUUUCUGAGACAUAGUCUGUUUAAAUCAGGAGAACAAUAGUGUGUAACAUAAUAGAUGAUGUAGCCUGCGUAGGAGACUUCACUGGUAGUGUCAUAUUAAAAUUUGUCAAAUUGGAAAAAGUCAGACCCUUCCCUGUAUUGAAAAUCUGACUUAACCCUGUUUGUCCUGCAUCACUGGUUCUACUUGGCAAAGCUAAGUUGCCUGAAACUUCUCUUGUAAACAACUGCAAUUCAUCUGUUUAGUAAAGAAGACUGUGUGCUAUUAAAAUGAUGGUUGGUAAUUUUUCAGAAAUAACAGUUACAUGCCCAAAAAGGACAAGGACGACAUCAUCUACCUUUUGGCAAAUGUUCUAUCAGGGUCAUCGAAAUGUUUUAUUUAAAGUUUGAAAAUGAUAUAAACAAAAGGAUCAUCUUUCAUCCUGUGUCCUUUUAGAAUGAAGCCCGAUUCUACAGCCUGAUUUUAAUGAAUGUCUUCUGUGGCUUAUGUUCUUUUACAACAUUGUCUGCUUGUUUGCAACCAACUGAAAAUAAACAUUUGCAAACUAUGAAAUUAAUAAUGUAAUCAAAUACUGAAGUCAGCCAGAACCUGCAGUUCAUUUUUAACCUUCACUUUGCCUUAAAUAACAAGUAUCCCUGGUUACACUUUUCAAUGGGUAGUGCUGGUUAAUCUUGCUAUAAAUAUAGUAUUUUAUAUUAUAUCUUUAUAAAAAUUCAACCUAGUUUAGGCAGAGUUAAAAGCUGCAGCAAGCUAGAGUUUGAGGCAAAUGUGCAGGAAAGCCUCUCUGAGAGAAUUGCUUCAUGGCUCUGCUUUCACCAUUUUAGACAAGCAAAUGUACCCCACAUCAAACAUCAAUAUGACUAACACUGCUGAAUGUGUUCAUCUAUUUAACCUCACUACCUACUAAGAAAUAAGAAACUUGGAGUUCCCAAAUGAGUUCAGGGAAAUUCAGUUAGAUUAAAGAGUGAUUUUUUUUCAUGCUGUUUGAGGACAUAGUGGAGUUGUCUGUUGCAGUUAUAAAAUCUCAGUGUUUUGGUUUCAUGUGAUAACAUCCACUGUCAGAAGGAGUGACGUGCAAAAUUGUAAUGUCAUUGAUAUCUAUUAUACUUGCUCCCAGGGAUGUGUCUCAAAUGUUGGGGGCAAAAAUGAAUUAUGUAAUAAUUUUGAAUAGAUAGCCAUGCUGUACCUGUGUUUACCCAUGAUGCUUUGUUGCAAUCAUUCAGCCACCUGUUGUGUUUACGGCUGAUUUGAUGUCAAUAUAAUUUUCAAACUUGAAAAAAACCCAAUGAAAUGUCAGUACCCUUUAAUAAACAUGCUUUAAAAAGA